UUUGUCUCUGUUUCUUUGGAGGUAGAAUGGCUCGUGUUUUUGUGUAUGGAACCCUUAAAAAAGGCCAGCCCAACUACCAGCACAUGAUAAAUGGUACCCAUGGGAGAGCAAGAUUCCAGGGCAGGGGACGCACUGUGGAGAAAUACCCUUUGGUAAUUGCAGGAAAAUAUAACAUUCCUUUUUUGCUGAACAUCUCAGGAACUGGACACCAUGUUACUGGAGAGAUUUAUUCUGUUGAUGACCAGAUGCUGCAAUUCCUUGAUGAAUUUGAAGGUUGCCCAGACAUGUAUCAGCGUACUCCAGUGAGAAUUGUAGUAGUAGAGUGGGAAGGUAAAAGCAGUGCACCUGAAGAGAGGCCAGCUGUUAACAGCAUUAUGGAAUGCUUUGUGUACAGCACAACUACCUACCAGCCACAGUGGAUAAAUCUCCCUUACUAUGACAAUUAUGAUUCCUUAGGGAAUCACGGUCUUCAUUAUGUGCUACGUGAAAGUAGAGAUUAAAAAUGAAAGGUAACAAAAUGUAUUAAGAAAAUGCACUAAACACGUGUUGAUCACAAGCCCCUCUCAAAUAAAUCUACAAUACUUUUACUGAAGCACCUAAGACCUUUUGUAACCUUUCUAACCACAAAAUCAUUGAUUCUAACAUCAGAUACAGACUCUAAUGCCAAGCCUGGGAAAAUUUUACUUGUUCCCUUGGCCAAGAUGAAUAAUUGUUUUUGAUUGGUGAGUAAAAUACUUUGGAUUUGGGUUUUUUCUUUCUUUUGUAAAAUCAAGAUAAAAGGGCAGCUGAGUAGAAAGGUUCUUCACACUAACCAGAUAAGUUUCAUGUCAGGUUUGUAAAACUGGUAAAACAGUAGCACUACUGCAAGAUAAUGAAAUAUGGCUGAUUUCAGUAUAUUGGAAAACCAGCCCAUGACAAUCCUCAGUCAGUAUCUGUCUCAAAAGAAAACAAUUACAUCUAUGUCAAGUGAUAGAAAAAGUAGUAAAGAGAAUUAGAAAAUCCCGAAAAUAGAAUGAACUUCUCUCUGUGUGGUGUAACAAAUUGUGCUGAAUUUUGUCUGCUAAAGCUAACUUGAUUGUAACAAUUGUUUGUAAGAUCCACUGGGUUUAUAACAUGUAUUAGGAUAAAAUCUUGGGAAUGUACAGGAGUUAAAUUUAAAAUCAUGUUUUUAUUUUGUCCCACUAGACCAUCCCAGCACUCUUGGUGCCAUUACAGUCCGAGUAAAUGUGGGCUCAGGGACUUCUUAACAGCUGAUUUUAACUGCCCAGUACAUUAUAGGACUGUUUUUUAGCAAAGUACUUAAUGAUAUAAUAGCUCAUAAGUCUCUAGGAAAUCUUUAAUACAUGAAAACUGAACUGUUUUAAUUUUUGUUUUUUAAAUAUAAAUAAGGAUUUAGUCUUUUUCUUUUGCACUAUUUAGACAAACAAACACUUUUUUCUCUUGCUGCUUGUUACCUAGUAGGUCCUCUACUUUACAUGUAAUAUUCACAGAGCACAUGCUGCAUUCAUUCUAUAAACCUGUCAAUGAGGGGAGGAUGCGUGUGUGUGAAAUGUAAUGUGUAGAAUAAGCCACAUUACACUUUCAGUGAGGUUCCUUGCAUUGGGGCUACAACAUCAAGGUUAUAUACCAGGGAUCAGCAACCUUUGGCACGUGAUUCGCCAGGGUAAGCCCCCUAGUGAGCUGGGCU